AUGUCGUGGGCCGACUAUAAGAAGAAGCUACCUAGACUACGCCGACAUAAGGAGGAGGUGAAGGCUAAAACUCAGAAGGAGGAGGCGAAGGCUAACAACACUCAGAAGGAGGAGGCGAAGGAUGAACUUCUAGAAGACCUAGAGGACAGACUUAGGCGUCUCCUACUCGCGAGGGGCGGUAACUUCGACGAACUCCCUGACUUCUUACGCGAUAUUCUCAUCCGUAACCCACCGGAGGACUACAACGAUAAGGAUCGCGCCUAUAAGAGGUUUGGAGAUUCCACAGAACCAGAGGCGAUAUACGACGAAGAGACGUACGAAGAAUUGGCCGAAAACGACGAGGGCGAGACGCACCCCCCCGGCCCCCCGCCCAAUACUCUCCCGCCUAACAUUUUCCCGCGCAACCCUCUCUUACCCUAUGAGCAACAGUUCGAGGAGUACCGUCGUACCUUCAAGGAAAUCCUCUCCAAAUGCAAUACGGGCGACGAGACGUUAGAGAAUGCGCUCAAACUAUAUACGGACAACAUAUCCUACCUUAAACCGCGCCGAAGUGAGAUUGUGGACUACAUACGGAAGGAGAGCUAUGCGACUAAAGAGGAGACUGGCGGCGACAACCGAACUGACCUCAAGCGCCCUGCGUCCGAAGAACUAGGCGGCGGCCGCGUUCCUCCUCCUACGCCGGCUGACGAUGAGGAUGACGUGAAGUUUGUGGCGAGUACCACUAUCCCCGUUGCCGCCGCUCCCCCUACACUAGCUGACGACGAGGACGACGUGACGUUCGUAUCGAGUACCACUAUCCCCGCCACCUCGCGCGGACUUAAGCCCAGACCGCUUAAUCAUCCCUCUCCCUCCGGUCACGGUCCGGUUACCCAGUCGCUAUUAGAGGCUAUGGAGGAGUGGGAUAAGCGAUUAAUGCUCACCAUUAGAAAUACGGAGACGAGGCUGUCCGCGUACUCUUUAGCGACCUUGUCUACGGGAAACGUGGCGCACUACUGCAUGGUGACCCUAGUAUUGUGGAGAAUUAGGUCCUCGAACUCUAGAAGUAGGAACCAGAGUCCGACCCCCUAUAUCGGACCGGGGGAUAUCUACCGGUGGGGACAGUGUGGUGGGAUUCUCGUCCUUGGUAUAGAGGCUUUCCGGGAAGGUGUUGGCGACGAGAAAACAAAAGAUGUACUCAUCAAGAAGCCCGCCCUUGUGUUCAUUGACGAAGUCCACCGGGUGAAGAACCCUACGACAAACCUAGCCCGCGCGGUAAAACUUAUCAAAACCCCCCAUUGCGUCGGCCUGACCGCCGACUUCCUCAUGUCAUCACCUUCUUCGGACGACGACGAGGAUAACGACGACGGGACUAUCCCCGCCGACGGUCGCGAAGUGGUGACCAAGGCUAUUUCCAAAAUUUUCCGGGACCACCGAAACUGGCCAACUCCCACGCUUUUCGCGCCCGACCUGUCAUACCGCAUCUAG